AUGGCGCCACCAAGACAGCAAGGUGCGAAACUGGGGACUGAACCAGCGAGGAUGAGAGGGCAUGUGAGCGGGUCUAGCUCGGAGGAGCUUAGGCGGCUGUGGAGAGAGAGGGGAUUCAUUAACAUUGAGACACAGUUGUACACUACGGGGUUUCAUGAGGGAGAGGUUUUCCGAGGAUCGAGCGACGAGUUCUUCCUUGGAUCGGCUGAGCAUAGUUGA